CACGCCGCUAGCCCGCUUGCUAUAAUUCCUAGACUAGACGCCUCCCGGCGAUGUACUCCUGCAACGACCGAGACCGCUCGGCUACGGCGGCGCGUAUCAUGGAGUCCAGCGCCAAGUACCAGCCAUGCAACACGGCGGCAACGCGGACGGCCGGCGGCCAGGUCCCCUCGGACGCGCAGCCGUCCCCGCGGCGCGCCAGGAGGAAGCACCCGGCGUCGGCGUCGCGCCGGUCGUCCACCACCGUGGUGGCGACCGACGUGUCCAACUUCCGCGCCAUGGUGCAGGAGCUCACCGGCUUCCCGCCGGCCGCCAUCUUCCGGCCGCUGCCUCGCCGGGCCCACGCCGCCGGCCACUCGCUGACCGCCGCCGCGCAUGGCUGCGGCGGUGCGCUGCAGGGCCACCGUUCGGACGCGGCAACCACUGCCGGCAGCGUCCCGGCCGUGGCGCACCCGCCGCAGUGCGCACCGCUGGGUGUGUUUGACGGGCUGCCCGACCUCGGGUCGCCGGAGUUCGACACGUGGCCUGACUUGUCCUUCGAAUGAUAAUACAACAGUCCUGGUCGCUAGAUUGUUAUAAUCAAGGGUGACUUGGUAAUUUCCUUCUGCUCAUGUUUAUGUUUGCGUUUGGCAAGUCCUUUUCAAAAACAAAAGGACGUCAUUUGUACAGCACACAAGUUUAUAGUA